AGCAUGAGCCGCCUGGACCAGACGCUGCGGGCGUUCCUGGGCGCCGAGCCCGGCCCGGCCCGGCUGGGCCAGGAGUUCCAGGACAUCAAGGCCCAAGCCAGCGCCUUCCGGCAGCAACAGGGGUUCUCCGCGGAGGCCGGGGGCAGGAAAGAGAACAUCAAGAAGAAUCGGUAUAAAGACAUCCUGCCGUACGAUCAGACCCGGGUCGUUCUGAAUCUCUACACGGACGAAGGGCAGACGGACUAUAUCAAUGCCAGCUUCAUCCAGGGGGUAAAUAACAAGCGAUGCUACAUCGCGACCCAGGGGCCGCUGCCUCACACCGUCCUGGAUUUCUGGCGCAUGAUUUGGGAGUACGAGGUGAAGGUAAUUGCCAUGGCCUGUCGGGAGGUGGAGAUGGGGAAGAAAAAGUGUGAACGCUACUGGCCGCUGAAGCAAGAACUGCUGCAAAUUGGGCCCUUCUCCAUCGUCCAGAUCAAGGAGCAGGAGCUGAAUCCAGACGUGAUAGUCCGCACGCUGAGCGUCAGCUUCCAGAACGAGGAGCGGCCCCUCACCCAUUUCCAGUACGUGGCCUGGCCGGACCGCGGGAUCCCGGACAAUUACAGCCAUUUCCUGGAGAUGAUUGAGCACAUGCGAUUGAAACAGGGGGACGACUCAGCUCCCAUCUGCGUGCACUGCAGCGCUGGCUGUGGCCGGACUGGAGUGAUCUGCAUCUUGGAGCACGUGAGACACCUCCUCCUCCAACAGAGCAUCCCCCCGAAUUUCAGCAUUUUCGACAUCGUCCUAGCGAUGAGAAAGCAGAGACCGUCGGCCGUCCAGACGCUGGAGCAGUACGAGUUCCUGUUCCACGCCGUGGCCGAGAUGUUCCGCUCAGCCCUGGCCACCGCCAAGUACGAGACCCUCAAGGAGAACCAGCUGCCCCUGUACGACGACGCCGUGUCCCUGCGCCGCCCUGCGCCCCUCAACAAACACAGCAGCAUCUUACGGAGCAUCUCGGUGCCAUCCGAACCUACCCCGGACCUGCCCCCCAAGAUGAGUGACACCUACGCGGUGGUGAACAAGUUCCGGCGGGGGGGUGGGCCGGCGGUGGCCUCCUCCCAGGAGACCAGGCCUGGCGGGGGCAGCCCCGAGUGGUCCUCCAUCGACCCCAGCGGCUUUGGGGGUCUGCAGGCCAGCUACUCCCUGCCUGGGAGCCCCGUGAAACGCCUGCCACCCAGCCCCAGCUGCAAAUACACCCCCCACUCCACCAGUGCAGGUGACGCCAGCCCCCAGGGCCCCCCUUCGCCCUGCCCCAGCCCUGGGCACGGGAAGACCCAGCUACACACUAUGAAACCCCGGGUUUUGUGGCAUCUCCCCCGAAGAAGGCCUCCAGCUCCCCCCGCCUUGCGUCUACAGACAGCUACGAGGCCGUGGAUGCCUCCCCUGGAAGGGGCUGCAGCCCCCUCGCCUCCCCAGGCAACGGUCUCGGCUAUAACUUCCGCAUUGGGAAGCCAAAAGGACCCCGCGACCCCCCAGCUGAGUGGACAAGGCUCUAGGGGGCCUGUAGGGUGGGUGGAGGUGUUGGGACCUGUGCCCCCCCACCCCAAGGCCAGAUGGACUCAGCCGAGCCACGGCCCCAGCAUCACCCCCCGGCACAGAGCGAACCGCCACCAACUGACACCAGGCUGGCAGCCAGGACUCCAGGGUUCUCUCCCCGGCCCUGGGAGAGUCGUAAAGAACAGCACCAUUAACUCUCGAGCUAGGACCCACAACUUGGGGGCCCGCCCCCUCUCAACCUGGGGAGCCCUGGUCGCUCUACCCUGGCAAGACGGGAAUGGCCGUGAACAGACAGCAGCAGAAACCAGACAAAGGGUCGAACUAAGCUGUGUAUUAACGCAGACCCUACAAAAAUAAAAGUGUGAAAACAACA